AUGAUUUAUCCGAUACUCCUUCUCCUUCUGAUUGGUCAAAUCUCAUGUGCUCAUGAACCCUAUGCAUCCGUCCACCUGACCGGUACCCUCUACUGCAAUGAGUCGAUCUAUCAACAUGAGAAAGUGGAGGUUUGGGAGAAGAAUUACAUAAUGGCAGACAGCUGGGCGACUACUGUGACAACCGAUGAGAAUGGCUAUUUUGAGAUGAAGGCUACAGUGAGGGAUGAUUACUUUCCUCCAAAGCCCUACUUCUACAUGAUUAAUUGGUGUAAAGAAAAGCAAUGGUGGAAUGAUAAGGAAACUGGGGAUAAGUUGGUAUGCUCCGAGCCAUUGAAGGUUUUUAUUCCGAAAGAGUAUGUAACUCCAGGGCGGGAGGCCAAGAAGACAUUCGACUUCACUCAAGUCAACUUGGCAAUGGUGGAGACUCAAUUCGCUGGACUCGAAAUCGUUCUUCAAACAGUUCUUUCGCAAAAAGGAGAGUGUCGUCGGAUUCUGAAGAAAGAUCGAACUGAUUUGUGGGACAAUUAG